CUUUUUCCCCGUUCCUCGAAUACUUGUCCCUUCACCCCCACUCCAGCCAUUGCAACCAUCCAGUGAAGCUGCCCGACUUGACCCUUGGAGCCAGCAUGGACUUGUUCCCAGACUCAGACUCCGAGAGAGACUCUUCUUCCGGCUCUACCUCCUCUACCGGCCCCAAGCUCACCGUCAACGAGUCUUACGCCAAUCGUUUUGAGCACAAUAAGCAGCGAGCCGAGCUUCACCAGCUCGAGGAGAAGUACGGCAAGCGGGCAGCCGAGAUCCUCCUCGGCAAAAGAAGUGACGACGCAGAAGGUAGUGAGGGUAGUGACGACGACAGCGAUGAGUCAAGCGAAGAUGAGACAGAGGACGAGGAGGGAGAGCAAGUCACUGCCGAAGUGGAUGCCGCCAUCCUUCGCACCUUGGCAAAGAUUCGCAGCGGCGAUGCUUCCAUAUACAAUGCCGAAGCUCGUGUCUUUGACGAGGAAAAGGCCCUCGCAGCUUCAUCGGCGCUAUUGCCAAAGGCGACCAGAGCCAAGCUCAACAAGAAGGUCACCCUCGCAGACUACCAGCGCAAUCGUCUAAGGGAUCUCAUGGCCGAUUCCGCCGAUCCCGCUCUGGCGCUUGCAGAAGCUACCACUUCUAGAACCCGAGAAGAUGACAUGGCUGACGGAGACUACGAAGGACAAUAUCAGCAACCUCUUUCUCAUGUCCAGGAGCAGGCUCAGCUCAGGCGCCAAGUCACGCAAGCAUUUCACGAUACCGACGGAGCAGGAGCAGAAGAGGAGGGUGACUUCUUCACCAAGUCUAAAGCAGGAGGUGCAGAUGGCGACGAAGGUGACGAUGCAAAUUCAUAUCGCAGGUAUCUCCUCCAAACGCUGGGAGACGAGAAGGCGCAGAAGGCUGUCAGGGAAGCCCUGCGCUCCCCAGCCGAGAUGGCUGCCGUAGAGAGUACGGGCGUCGAGGCUGCUGGUCCCUCGUCUGAGCCCGACUCUGCCCCAGUCAAGCGCAAAAGCAAAAAGAUUCAGAGUGAAGCUCAGCAGAAUGAAGACUUCCUGAUGAAUUACGUCCUGAAUCGAGGCUGGCUGGAGAAUCCUCAAGCGGCACCCAAGCUUGGACGGAGAUCACGUGAGGAAGCCGAGGACGAGAGCGAUGACGAUGAGGAGGAGUCGAGCGCUAAGCCCAAGCGAGCCACUGGCUCCAAUGCCGAUACUUAUGGCAGAGAUUGGGACGCCGAAGCAGCCGACCUGGAUUCGGAAGCCUCCUUUGACUCUCGCGCCGAGGCAUUCGAGCAGGCCUUCAACUUCCGCUUUGAAGCCUUCGAGUCUGGGGAUGCUCCCGCACAAGUCCAGUCUUACUCUCGCAACCCUCAGAAUUCAGUGAGGCGAGUGGAGGACAAGAGGAAGACGGAGCGAGAGGAGAGGAAGAAGCGGAAAGAGGCCGAGAAGAAGGCGCGUAUGGAGGAGCUGGACCGGAUGAGGGAUAUCAAGAAGGGCCAACUCAGGGACAAGCUCAAGCAGCUACAGGAGGCAGCGGGUAGCAGUCGGAUUGACUUUGAUCCCAUGGCCCUCGAAGGGGACUACGAUCCGGAAAAGCACGACGCUAUGAUGGCUGCUUUCGGAGACGAGUACUACGAUGAGGAGGACACGAGCGCAGAUGGCCUUAUGAAGCCCACGUGGGAUGACGACGAUGAUCUGGACAUUGCCGAUAUCCUAGCUGAAGAGGAGGAAGAAGAGGAGGCGCAGAACACUCAGAAGGGCAAGAAGGAGAAGAAGCAGAAGAAGAAGGCCAAGCAGGGCGGAGACGAUGAAGAUGGCCCGAUCGAUAUGGACGCCGCCUUCAUCGAUGGCGAAGAUGGAAAAGGCGUCGACGAGAGUAAGCUUUCGAAGAAGGAGCAAAAGAAGCUCAAAAAGAAGCAAAAGGCUCUGGCUCGAGAAGGCCUCUCCGAAGGCGCACUCGACGAUCCUUCGUCCUCUCGUCCUCUUCCACAGACAGACGAAGAGCGUAAAGCAGAAGCAAAGCGCCUCGCAGACGAAUAUCGCAACCUCGACUAUGAAGACGUCGUGGGGGACCUCGCAACACGCUUUCGCUAUACCCAAGUGCCCAAGGCCGACUAUGGAAUGACGGCCGUAGAGAUUCUCCUUGCAAACGACAAGGAUCUCAACGACGUCGUUGGGCUCAAGCAUCUCCUUCCCUACCGCAAGGGUGCUGGAAAGCGGCCCAAGGACUUGAAUAGGAAACUUGGGGAGUUUAGGAGGAAAUUGGAUGCAAAGGCUGGAGAGAGUGGGAGGAGACAGGAGGGUGAGGGUGCUGAGGGACAGGUGAAGAAGAGGAUGGGUAAGAAGGAGAGGCAGAAGGCAAAGGCAGCGGCUGAAGCGGAGGCGGCGGCUGCUGGUGCCGGUGCAGAGAGCGAAGCUGGCGCGAUUGUCAACAAAGGCAAGGAGGUCGUGCAGGAAAGAGUGACAAAUUCGGCUGAGCCAUCGGGUGAUGGUCCCGGCGACGAAGAGGAGAGGGUGAGAAGGAGAAAGGAGAAAAAGGAGAGGAAGAGAGCCGAAAAGGCUGCUGCUGCUGCUGAGGGAGAUGACGGAGCAGGGGAGCCCAAGAAGAAGAGGGUCAAGGUAUCUUCGUGAGCUGAGCUGUACGCCGUGUAGCAAUAUCACUCAUAUCCUCAUUGCCAUUCAGG